GGUGGAUCAAAGAUGCAAAGACCUACGUUAUAAACUGCGCCCCGACUCACUCUCUCUCGCUAUCUCUCUCUCUCUCAUCUCAUCUCUGCGAAUUGUAUUCAGAAAAUUCGCAUGUUACUCUAACAUUUCUUCCUCCAUUCCCUCGUCGGUGCAUGUCAAAUUUCAGUCUCUAAAGGUCAGUUAGAUCUGUAAUUUUCUCCUGCAUUUCUUUCUUCUCCAAAUCUUUAUAUCUUUCUUUUCCUUGCUUAGACUUAAUUGAUCUGAUCGUGACCUAGGAUUUUGUUAUUUAGGGUUUACAUCAUUAGAUCUCGAAUCCAUAAUCUCACUGAUUAGGAAAACCCCAAUCAAUUUUGGCUAAUUAGUCCAAUUUCUGAUCUGGGUCUGCCAGAUCCGACGAAAUAUGGGGUCUUUAGGUAAAUCAAUGAUCUUGGUAGUUGUGAUUUGCUUGAUAUUUGAAUCUGGAAAUGGGUUUUAUCUCCCUGGUAGUUACCCUCACAAGUAUGGAGUUGGGGAUACACUUUCAGUGAAGGUGAAUUCUCUGACCUCAAUUGAUACUGAAAUGCCGUUUAGUUACUACAGCUUACCCUUUUGUAAACCCCAAGAGGGUGUUAAAGAUAGUGCUGAGAAUCUUGGUGAGCUUCUUAUGGGUGAUAGGAUUGAGAACUCACCUUAUAGGUUUAAGAUGUACACAAAUGAGACUGAGAUCUUUAUGUGUAAAACUAGCCCUCUUUCUGCUGAUGAGUUUAAGCUCCUGAAGAAGAGGAUUGAUGAGAUGUAUCAGGUUAACUUGAUCCUUGAUAAUCUCCCCGCCAUUCGCUACACCAAGAAAGAUAAUUUCUUGUUGAGGUGGACAGGUUAUCCUGUUGGGAUUAAGGUUCAAGAUGCUUAUUAUGUAUUCAAUCAUUUGAAGCUUACUGUUCUUGUUCGUAAGUAUGAGGAAACCAAUGUGGCUCGUGUGAUGGGCACGGGCGAUGCUGCUGAGAUGAUCCCUGGAGGCAAUGGUGUUGGUGGAUCUGGAGAGCCUGGUUACAUGGUUGUUGGUUUUGAGGUUGUGCCUUGCAGUGUUCAACAUGACAUGAAUGCGAUUAAGGAUUCUAAGAUGUAUGAUAAGUACCCUGGGAAGAUUAAUUGUGAUCCUGCAACCGUGUCAAUGGCAAUUAAGGAAAGUCAACCUAUUGCUUUCACUUAUGAGGUCUCAUUUGUGGAAAGUGAUAUUAAGUGGCCAUCUAGAUGGGAUGCUUACUUGAAGAUGGAAGGUUCCAAGGUUCAUUGGUUUUCUAUCCUCAACUCCUUGAUGGUGAUCACUUUCCUUGCUGGUAUUGUUCUUGUGAUCUUUUUGAGGACUGUUCGCCGAGAUCUUACUCGUUAUGAGGAAUUAGAUAAGGAGGCUCAAGCUCAGAUGAAUGAGGAAUUGUCGGGAUGGAAACUUGUGGUUGGUGAUGUCUUCCGGGCUCCUAGCUAUCCGUCAUUGCUCUGUGUUAUGGUUGGUGAUGGUAUUCAACUUCUUGGGAUGGGUGUUGUGACAAUUAUGUUUGCUGCUCUAGGAUUUAUGUCACCUGCAUCUAGGGGAACUCUUCUCACAGGUAUGGUGUUUUUCUACUUGGUUCUUGGUAUUGCUGCUGGGUAUGUGGCUGUUCGAUUGUGGAGGACUAUUGGUUGUGGGGAUCACAAAGGAUGGGUUUCUGUCUCUUGGAAGGCUGCUUGCUUUUUCCCAGGCAUUGCCUUUUUGAUAUUGACCUUCUUGAAUUUCUUGCUGUGGGGAAGUCAUAGCACAGGAGCAAUCCCAUUCUCUCUCUAUGUUAUCCUUAUCUUGCUCUGGUUUUGCAUCUCCGUUCCUCUCACCUUAAUUGGUGGUUACUUUGGUGCAAAGGCCCCUCACAUUGAAUACCCUGUGCGAACUAAUCAAAUUCCCCGGGAAAUUCCACCUCAGAAAUACCCUUCAUGGUUGUUAGUCCUCGGUGCUGGGACCCUUCCGUUUGGAACCCUCUUCAUUGAGCUUUUCUUCAUCAUGUCUAGCCUUUGGAUGGGCAGAGUUUACUACGUUUUUGGGUUUCUCUUCAUUGUUCUGAUCCUCCUUGUCGUUGUGUGUGCUGAAGUCUCACUUGUUCUAACAUACAUGCAUCUCUGUGUUGAGGACUGGAAAUGGUGGUGGAAGUCUUUCUUUGCCUCUGGUUCAGUGGCGAUAUACAUUUUCCUGUACUCCAUCAACUACCUCAUAUUUGACCUCAAGAGCUUGAGUGGACCUGUGUCUGCUACUCUCUACUUGGGAUAUUCGCUCUUCAUGGUUUUGGCCAUCAUGUUAGUCACGGGUACUGUUGGAUUCCUCUCCUCAUUCUGGUUUGUUCACUACCUUUUCUCCUCCGUGAAGCUGGAUUGAAGCAAUUUGUCAUGCCAUUUCAAGGUUUCUUGCAGAUUUUGUAGGGGUAUCUUUCCUGGUGAAAGAUGGAUGUUCAACCUGCUCCUUUAAUAGAUACUAGUCAUAUUACCCUUUUCAGAUUUACUAAAUUUUUAGGGAAUUUGAUGAAAGAUUUGUAAUAAUAACCUUAAGUUUGAUUUGUUUUAUUACAUGGAGAUACCUGCAUGAAUUUACAUAGUUUCCUUGCAUAUUUAGGGUCUUUUUGCUUCGUCUAGCAUAACAUGGGACGCUUCAGUGUAUUUGAACUUGAAAUUUAAUAGAAAUGAGGAAGUUGAGUUGUUUUUGUUUUUAAA